AUGUCCACCAAAUGUGGUCUUGAGAACCGGUGCCAUUAUAUUUUUCGAUAUUUUCAGACCGGAAGACUGGUGGCUGAUCAUAGAUCGCCACAAUUCGGAUGCAGAGUGGCUAAAGCACUUUCGCAUGAAACGAUCGACCUUUCUAAAAUAGUGGAGAUCGUAGAAGAAGACAUGAAGCCAGAUGAACACUGGGUGCGUCAACCCAUUCCACUCCACAAACGCGUAGCCAUGGCGGUUCAUCAGUUGGCGUCUUCCUGCGAAUUUAGCAAAACUGCUUCAAUCUUCGGUGUUUCCAGGCCAUCGGUCACUGCGCAUUUGAGAAAUUUUUGCAAAGCUCUAGUGAAGCAUGUUGAUGAAUUCAUAAAGAUGCCAGGAGAGGCGGAAGCCAAAGAAUUAGCUCGACAUACCCAGUUUCCUCAAGCAUAUGCCGCCAUCGAUGGUACCCACAUCCGCAUUAAUCCACCUAAGCAUGGCCAUUCAGAUUUUAUAAACAGGAAGGGAACUGCAUCAAUGGGCUUCAGGCUGUUUCAGAUUGCCUUUACAGGUUGGUGA